AAUUUGCGGCGAUGGGUACGAGUCGCGUUUCUUCAAUGCGAUCAUCGCCCCUCGAUUCUCACGUCCCACCACCAUCAGUCGGUCAACGAUCCAACGAUGGACACCAACUCGCCCCAGAACGACGCCGUCCUCCUCCCCCAAGUCCUCCUCCUCCGCCCCUCCGCCCUCGCCCUCCCCUUCGCCGCCCGCCUCCGGCCUCACUUCCGCCUCCUCGACCCGCUCGACUCGCCGGAGCCCGCCCACUCCUUCCUCUCCCUCCGCUGCCGCUCAGUCCGGGCCGUCGUCUCCUUCUUCACCCCCUUCCUCCCCGUCAGCGCCGGCACCCUGGACCUCCUCCCGUCCCUCGAGCUCGUCGUCGUCUCCAGCGCGGGGCUCGAGCACGUGGACCUCCCGUACUGCCGCCAGCGGGGGAUCGCCGUCACGAACGCCAGCGCCGCGUUCCGCGAGGACGGGGCGGACUACGCGGUCGCGAUGCUGAUCGACGUGAUGAGGCGGGUCUCGCACGGCGACCGGUUCGUCCGGGCCGGGUCGUGGCCGGUGCAGAGGGAGUUCCCCCUCGGUUUCAAGUUAGGGGGAAAACGGGUCGGCAUUGUUGGGCUUGGAAGUAUCGGCUCCGAGACUGCGAAACGGCUGGUAGCUUUCGGAUGCAGCGUCACCUACUACUCAAGAAAGGAAAAACCGCACGUUCCAUAUGCUUACUACGCGAACGUCCGUGACCUCGCGGCCAAUAGCGACGUUCUUGUUCUCUGCUGUGCGCUGGCGGAAGGCACUCGCCACAUCAUCAACAAGGAUGUAAUGUCGGCGCUUGGUAAACAAGGCAUAAUCAUAAACGUUGGGCGCGGGGCUCUGGUGGACGAGAAAGAGCUGGUGCAGCGCUUGGUGCGAGGCGAGAUCGGUGGUGCCGGCCUUGAUGUGUUUGAGAGCGAGCCCAAGGUGCCGGAUGAGCUGUUUGCGCUGGACAACGUUGUGCUCUCUCCGCAUCGCGCCGUCAUGACUCCGGAAGCUUUCGAAGCAGUGCAGGAACUCAUAAUCGAUAACUUGAGAGCUUUCUUUUCAAACGAACCUUUGAGGUCACUAGUACAAUAUGAAUGAUGGGGCAAUGUUGUGAGCACAAUUACGAAGAAAUACUUUCUUUCCCCAAUUUUGUUGCAAUAGCCGACGGGAGUGUAUCUGCCAUUUAUUUUUAUAUGCUUGAAUAAGGUAGCAUUAUAUCUUUGAAACAAA